GUUGUGACAAAUGUUAUAUGGUCGUUUUGACUGGGGCAUUUUAAGAAGUUCGUCAAUACGUUUACAGAAAUGGUUGGGAAGUGUUUAUUGAUUGUAGGCUGUGUAUAUGUCCUUUGUGUUUGUUGUGAAGAACAAGAAUCACAUCAUCGGGACAAAAGAGGGGCCCGCGAAUCAAAUUGCUGGCACAUUUGUCCUGGAGGCGACUCCUAUUGCAAAUGGAUUGGCGGGUUGUAUAGAUGUGACUGUAGCCGCCCUGGUUUAACGCGAUUCUGUGAAGAUAUUGAUUGCUCAUGGUCUGGACAUUGUGCAAAUGGAGGCACGUGUGUAAACGGAGCAAAACUGCUGUACACGUGCGUUUGUCCUUCCGGUUGGACAGGUAGCACAUGUUUAGAAAGAGACUGUAACAGCGGCCUGUACUGCAAGAACGGAGGUACAUGUAACACUGUAACUGGAGGUCAGGGCUAUGUGUGCACAUGUCAGAGCGGAUGGACAGGAACAAACUGUACAUUGAUUGAUUGUAACAGCGGCGUAUAUUGUAAGAACGGCGGAACUUGCAAGACUUUAAACGGAGGUCUUGACUAUGAGUGCACAUGUCCCAAAGGUUGGACAGGAAAGAACUGUACCUUAAUAGAUUGUAACAGCGGCGUGUAUUGUCAGAACGGCGGCACGUGCAAGACUUUAAACGAAGGUCUAAACUAUGAGUGCACAUGUCCCAAAGGUUGGAAAGGAAAGAACUGUACCUUGAUAGACUGCAGCAGUGGAUCGUAUUGCACAAAUGGCGGCGUUUGUGUGGAAAACGGAGCGGACUACACGUGUGUAUGCCAGAAUGGGUGGAACGGAAAGGAUUGUGAACAAGUCGUCUGUACCUGGUCUGGACAUUGUAACGACCGUGGAACUUGUGUCCCUAUAUCUACCAAUACCGACUAUACGUGCAGCAAUUGCGCUUCAGGAUGGAAAGGAAAAAGUUGCCAUCUCGUUGAUUGCAGCAGCGGAUUGUAUUGCACGAAUGGCGGUGUUUGUGUUGAAAACGGAACGGACUACACGUGUGUGUGCAAGAAUGGGUGGACCGGCAAGAACUGUGAACUCGUCGUCUGUACCUGGUCUGGACAUUGUAACGACCGUGGAACUUGUGUCCCAACAUCUACCAAUACCGACUAUACGUGUAACAAUUGUGCUUCAGGGUGGAAAGGAAAAAGUUGCCACCUCGUUGACUGCAGCAAUGGAUCGUAUUGCACUAAUGACGGCGUGUGUGUGGAAAACGGAACCGACUACACGUGUGUAUGCAAGGAUGGAUGGAACGGAAAGGACUGUGAACUCGUCGUUUGUACUUGGUCUGGACAUUGUAAUGACCGUGGAACUUGCGUUCCAAUAUCUACCAAUUCCGACUACUCGUGCAGCAACUGCGCUUCUGGUUGGAAAGGAAAAAGUUGCCAUCUUGUUGAUUGUGGCAGUGGACAAUACUGCGCCAACGAUGGUGUUUGUGAGGAAAAUGGAACGGACUACACGUGUGUGUGCAAGGAUGGCUGGUCCGGAAAAGAUUGUGAACUCGUCGUCUGUUCUUGGUACGGACACUGUAACUACCGUGGAACGUGUUCACCAACAUCUACUUCAACCGACUACGUGUGUAACAAUUGCGUUUCGGGAUGGAAAGGGAAAAGUUGUCAUCUUGUUGACUGCAGCAGUGGACACUAUUGCGCAAAUGGCGGUGUUUGUGUGGAAAAUGGAAUAGAAUACACAUGUUUAUGCAAGGAUGGGUGGAGCGGAAAGGACUGCGAACUCGUUGUCUGUAACUGGUCAGGACACUGCAACAGCCGUGGAACGUGUAAUCCAACGUCCACUUUUAUGGAUUACACGUGCAGCAAUUGCAAUAAUGGUUGGAAAGGCAAAAGUUGCCAUCUCGUUGACUGCAACAGUGGAGUGUAUUGCAAAAAUGGCGGUGUAUGUGUGGACGAUGUCAGCAGUGGAACGGACUAUCGAUGCAUCUGCGAGGAGGGCUGGAAAGGAAAGGACUGCCAGUUCAUUGACUGCGACAGCCCAAUCCGCUGUUUGAAUGACGGGGAAUGCCAAUUACAAAACAGUGGACUGGAGUUCAAUUGCACGUGCGCGCAAGGUUACCUCGGUGAUAACUGCCAGAUAGAUAUGUGCUCGCCGUAUAUGAUUGCCGACAUUGUAAUGGUAAUCGACAUUUCCGACAGUCAGACAAACAUGGUUUUUCAAGAACUGAAGGAGAAUAUAAAACAAUUAAUUUCACAGUUUCCGGUCGGCCCAAAUCACUUUCAGUUCAGUAUAAUCCUUUAUGGUAAACAGCCCCAUGUUAUGUUUCACUUGAACAACACCUACGACAACGAUACUAUUUUGGACGCUGUUGACAAUAUGACAAUCCCAGACAUAAUACGGGGACCAACCUUCACCGGCGAAGCGUUGCAAUUUGUAUACAAAGAAAGUUUUCGCGAAUCUAACGGAGGUCGGUCUGAGGUUGACAGAUAUGUGCUUGUACUCACGGACGGAAUGGCAAGCGAUAGACAAAAAACGCUUGAACAGGCUAAGCGACUUUCUACUAUUCCCAACAAUCAAGUACUAGGCGUCGGAGUCGGUAGAUAUGUGUGGCAUGAAGAAUUAUUGGCAAUAACUGACACCGUGAGGAACGUACAUCCUCUGUUCGGUGACAACACCAUCGUCAGCCUAUUAAAACGGACAAUGUUCGGGUGUGACCGCUGCACAACAUCAUAUUCUGAUGUGGCGUUAGCAUUCGAUGUCGCAUCGUUUGGCUACGAGCAGUUGGAAGAAGCAUUGAAAGUUGCGGAAGUUCUAAUUUCUCAAGUUCACACGGGCAUCAAUCAAACACGAAUCAGUCUGUCAAAAACUGUUGGCGGAAUAGGUGAAACUGUGUUUAACUUCAACAAGUUUAGUGACAGCAGUCAGAUGAUACCUGCGAUGUAUGGCGGUAUUAUGAAAGAGGACAGCUGUCAUACAAAGGAUUGUUCAUCAGGAAUAUUUAGUUGCGUUGAUGCAUCACUUGACUGAGGAGCUUCUUAAUGUAACCAACCAAGGACGUAAACAAGUUGCUGUCGUUUUUACACAGGGCCACAUGACGGAUUCCGAAAUGAACUUCGUUUUAAAUGAGGGAAAACGGUUAAAGGAAAAUGGUGUGAUCCUUGUUGUUGUUAGCAUUGGAAGAGAUGCCAAUGUUGAUCUGAUGCUUCAGCUGUCCACGAGUUCUUUCUUCGUUUUCUUGGUUGGAGAAGACGUAGUGACUUCUGUUGAUGUAAUCAAAGCACUCGUGUCAACAAUUGAAUAUGACAGCUGCUACGACAUUCAGAACUAUCCCAUAUUUGACUCAUUUAAAUGAACACAGAAUAAAAGCACACAGUAUAAUUUUGAUUGGUUUGUGUACAAAGAUCGUUCUUUUUUGCGAUUGUGAAUUUAUAUUAGCCAAUUAAACUCAAAUCCAUCUAUUUCAAGAAUUUUGUUUGCAUAAACGUUCAUUAUAUGUUUUUAGCAGAUACAUUUUGAUAAAUUUUAACCAUUUGCAUAUUGCUGAUUAUUGUAAAUAUAGUUUCCAUUUUUUAAAUUGUAUAUGUGUUGUGAAUUAUUGUAUGUAUAUUUUUUCUCCAUGCACUUAGCGUGUAAAUUGUAGAUUUUUCAUUUAAACAUGUACGAAUAUAAUGCUUUUCUCAGCCAUGCCAUCAUACAAUUAUACUUUAUGCGCUAAUUAAUACAGACACUUUUUAAUACUGUUUGCAAAUAUACAAUACCUGUUUGCUUAAGUCUUAAUGCCAUGAUAUUAGUGAACAUCGUAUUAUCAUACUAAAAAAGCUCAUACGUAAACACAAGAGUUAUAAUUGCGAGCGACAUUAAUAUAUAAAUAGCUUGAAGAGCUAUAUUUAAAUGUUGAUUCGUUAAAACAUAUACUAAUGUUACCCGGUGGGAAAUAACAAUUGUACGGAAAAUAAAGUGUAUUUUGUGAUAUCAAAAAGCUUUUCUGCCGUUUAAAACGUAUCAUGUUUAAAUUCUGCAAUCCACUGUGGUAAUACCAGUUUUUCAAAUUCAAUGCAUAGUGCUUUGCUUAAAAAAGACAUCAGAAAGAAUACACAAAUAUGUAAGAAAAGUAAAGCCUCCCUAAUAAAUCCUAAUUUAAACGCCUGAAUAAAGACACAUUGCUUAGAUGUUGAAUUAGUUCCGGCCUUCCAACUCAAACAAAAUUGUUCCGUUCUAAUGUUGAAUCAAAUCUUCGACAUUAAAUAUCCGAACAAGUGUUUGUUUACGCUGUGAUACUUUAUAUUCGCUACAGUAAAUAUAAAUCAUGCAGAAACCUGUUUUUCUGUUUAUCAUAAUUAUGCUUCCCCUAUUUUAAACGAAAUGAUAAAAAAACGCCAAAAACUUCAUUUUUAGCGGGAAAGAAUAUGCUUUUUGUCGUUUGACGUGUUAAUACUGACGUCAUGAGCACAUGCGCUUAAUAUUUGUAAAACAUGUUUUUUUGCUGUUUGUGUUGCAUUUUGUGUUUAAAAUAUAUUCCAUCUUGGUA